CAGGAUUGGGAGAUGAAACGUGGCAUAUACAAGACUGAAUUGAUACAGUCUGCAGUGAACAGCAUGUGGUUUGCGAACCACGGUGACAAGGGUGUUAUUCACAGGAGAUAUUUCGACCCUUUACCGGUUGAACUUCUGGCACUUAUACUCACAGCAAUUGAAUGUUGCAUUAAUGAGUGGAUAACUGGAGUUAGGGAAGACAUCAAAUUCUUGUCAGCUACUUAUUCUCCAGUCUAUCAGGUCCAUCUCAACUCUUUGCAGCACUUCAAUGAGUGCACCAAUGCCUACAAUCUACUUGCUAAAAUCGGUAUUAACAUCCUUGAUCUUGUGCGGUAUGUUCCUGGCCACUGCCAUUGA